AUGUGGUCCUGCAUUGAACCCGUUUCAUCGAUCGACGAAUCGAUUGUGGGAGUGUUUUGCACGAGUGGAUUAUUGCGAAUCUCCAGUCAGGAAACGGUCCUGAAAACUCCCACCAUAAAUGGAAUCUUGCAAAACAACCGUUUGAUUAUAUCGAUCGAUCAUGCGUUGAUAUUGUACGAAGAUGAGAAACGCUGUAACCAAGGAAAUUUUGUUGACGCGUGUUCUCCGAUAGAAGUGAUCGCUGUUUCAGCGAGUGGAAAUAUUGUCGUGUGUGGUUUAUCCAAUGGCACAGUUACUGUGCUACACAUAUCGGGAGCAAUUGUGCUUACACUUGAACUGCAGAGUCCCGAUGGAAGGGGAGGAACCACCUUCGCCGGCAUAUUCGACGAAGGGAAUGGGCGGUUCUUACUACACACGACAAGAGGAUCACUUCACAGACUCAUCCUCGAUGAAGCGAAAAUUCUCGCAUCUAUUGCUACUGGUCAGCAGGAACCGGAAGGACAGAUUUCACAGUACACACAUUACGAAAAGUUGAUUGAAAAGUUGUUUAAAGACCAGAUCACAUGCUUCAUUCCUAUUCGGCAAUACUGUCAGGGAAAGGAGACCAUCGUCCCGCUUAUUGCAGCCGCCAACAAACAUUCCAUCUACUUCUACCGUGAGGAGAACUUUGAAACGGUCCCCCUAAAGCCGGAAUAUAAUGGAGUGAAGAAAAUGUUUUCACUCAUGAACUGCAAGUACGCGUUGACUUACAGUGGUCAGCUGUUUGAAAUAUGUCCCUUGACGAAGCUGAUGUCUGAGCUACCGUGCAUGUUUCGCAUCGAAGAACUCGUGAUACUAGAGGCUACUGGUGAAAUUAUCGAAUUGCUCAUAACAACCAAGCCAGACACCAACGGGAAGAUUCUGAUGAAGAUCGUUAGCUUUCCAUCGAUGGAAGUUCGGCAGGAAAUGGAAAUGUCCGAAAACACAUGGUUGGUACAACAGCCGAAAAAUUCUGCCAACAUUUAUUACAUCGCUGGCCUAACGCACAAUGAGCCGAUUGUGCAGGAGUUCGAGCUGAAGAUACUGUCUGAAACGGAUCCAUCACUGCGUCUGGUAAAGUUGAUCAAAAUCGGACGUCUGGAUGAGGCCGAAGAGUUCGCGAAACAGUUCGAGCUAGACGUACAGCUGGUGCAUCAGGCACGGGCAAAGCAACUGCUCGGUGGUCUCAGUACAUCACCCAACGCCGAAGAGCUGUUUUGUAAGCUGAUGAAGGUUUUGGCGGACGUAAAUGAUCCACAGUUUCUUACCUCUGUUCGUGAUGCUAGCAUUGCUGAUAGGAACAUGAAGAAACGCUAUUUGCAGUUUCUACUCGCCAAAGUAUCCGCCGCCCAGAACGUUGAAAUGGGAUCGGUGAUCGAUAUCAACGAACAGCUGCUGCGAAUGGAAACGCUCAAGCUGAUCGAUCCGUACGAAAUUGACCAGGAUUGGCAGCAGUUUGUGUAUCACGACAAUUUACUGCAGCUGUGCACCGAGCUGUUCCAGAAGGACAUGGACGCGGCGUGCUUGAUUUGGUCACGACACAUCGCUUGCAUCUUGCCACAACUCGAUGACUCGAAAGUAGCCGUCCUGUUGCGUGCCAUACCGAAGGAAACGUCUCCGUUGCAUGUGGUGCAGUGGUUGCUUCACUUCGUUGGACCCAUUCUGCACCAUCAGCCCCAGCUAAUGCAUCUGCUAGUGCAGUUUAUCGUAACGCGCACCAAAUCCUUCCAGAAGCUCGCUGGCUGGCCCAUGAUCGGAUUGACGUUCAUCGAGGAUGUGAUCAAGCUGCUGCAGGAGGUUAAGUUCCCGCUGAUCGAUCUGCGACUGCAGUACGACAGCAAUAUGGAAGAGUUGCAUCGCAUGGCAAGUGCCUUACGCGAUCUGGUCAUACUAAAGCAGCAGUUUAAUCUGCAGGCGAGCCUCGAUUGUUACAUGCAGGAAGAUGUCGACAGCACCGCAUUCCGUUUGUUGCAAAUUACACCGCUCAAUCUCCUCGCUCGCAUUGUAACCGAGUUUUUGUACAAGUUUUUCGUCGGUCAGGAACAGCUACUGUUUGAUCAGAUCGUGCGCUACGUGAAGUUUCUAACCGCUAACCAGCACAACAGCUUCUGGGAUCAGCGGUGCGUUGCUCUGGUCGAGCUGCUGUACGAUGAGCAGCAACAGCUGGAAACGGUGCUGACGAUAUUGCGUGCCGCUCCGGUACCGUGGGCUCCCGCCGUUGCUUCACUUAUGCGCUACUCGUCGAGCGAUCUACCGAUCGCAACCGAAAUCACGAACGAGCAGAACACGCAGAUCAUCAAGUGUCUGAAGGUGAAGUAUGGCUGGAGUCUAAAGGCGAUGUUCAAUACCCGGUUGUUGGUACAGCGUGUGUUGAAGCUACACCAUCCGGAGAUGCUGGCCGAUAUUCACGCUAUUGUAAAAACCGAUCCCAAUUUGGCCUUCACAACGGAUGUAAGCGUAAUCGUGAAGAUGGCUGAAUAUGGCGAAGUGAUUGCCGCUGCACAGUAUCUCGAUGCGUUGGAGCUCAAACGUCGUGAUGAUUGCUGUCGAAGCAGCAUUUCGAUGAUGAUACGCUUGAUCGAUGGAGGACACAUUUCAAAUGACACUACGAAUGCGUAUCUCGAGGCAUUGCAAAUGCUGAAGCGACGUGCCAACGCCGACCAGCAAAAGGCCAUCCAGCAGAUCGCCAAUAUUACUCAGCUACGUACCGAGUUUGAAUUGUCCGUGUCUUGUCACAGCUAUAGCAAUCCAACCGAUCGCACCGGCUUACUUCUCGCAGGUAUUAGAAGUAUUUUUGGCAAGCUUCAACACAGCCGGGAUCAAUUCCUCGAUUUGUUACUCGGGGCCAUGAGAAGGCUUUCCUCGCUGUUGGACAUCAAGUUGCUCGACUCCAUGUUCGAAGUUAUGGUUCUGUUGAAAAACGUCCAUCUUAGCUGCCUUCUGGCGGGACAGCUUGCCGAAAUGACUAACCUGCGACAACCGGGUGCCUUUAGUUCGGUGCAUCGAAUCGUUUCAUUGCUGCUCGUUCAACACAUGCAAAGUAUGCAGUCGAGCGAUUGUUACGCUUGGGUAGAAGAUCCACUCACAUUUCCUGUUUGUCGCGAGCUACUUUAUCAAACCACAACCGACUGUCCAAAUGAAGUCACUGUACGGUUGGAGCUUUUGCGCUGGAUCCAACUCGGCGCCCGAUACUACCCGGUUGGUAUUGAGCAUGAGUUCAGCAGACGUACGACCAUUCCCGAAACCGUGUUCGACGCAAUGUACGCGCAGCUGGCGGAUGAUGGCAUAACCAAACAGAAUGGCAUCAACGGAACGGCAUUUCCGAAGGAUGUUAAGCGUGAAUCGCUGUCGACGUUCGAUGUGGUGAACGAUGAUUUUGAUCAGGUUAGUGUGCCGAAGAACCGUCAGGUACAGGAACAAGAAACGAUCGUCACUUGCGUAGGGCUUGCGCUACAAAUGGUACUGCUGCGCGUGAAAAGCGACACACGACAAAGUGGCACGUUCACACAUCUUCUGACCCUAAUGGGUCCAAUGGACGAGGUUGCCAUUUCGUCUGCCUUUCAGACCACCCUUGAUGGGUUGAUUCGAAUCAAACAAUACCCGCCGGUUAUCGGGAUAGUGCAUCAGCUUCGAUCCUAUCAAUCGACGUUAGGACUACUAAUUCCGACCCCAUACGCAGAAAACGUUUCGCGCAAGACGAUCAAGUACAUGCUCUCGCAAAAGGAACCCAACUUUAGCGGUGCCAUCAUGACGCUAUUCACGUGCGAAAACCGUGAUGCCUGUCUGGAGUAUUUGCGCACGAACCUUACGAAUGAAUCGCAACGAAUUGCGCUCCAUACGAUGCUCGAGUUUUAUUACUUCACCAUCGGACAGGAAGCGAAGGCGGUGGAGGAGCGUAACCAACGGCUUCGGUACGCGCUAUUCUACGAGCUGUGCAAGCUAGAUUCCUCGCUGAAGGCCAAGAAAUCGUUCAUCUUCCACUCGCAGUCCGACCUGAUGAAGGAACUCAAGCAUAAGGUGAUCAAUGUGGAACUGCUGCGCAAGUUAAGCGACGCUUUCAGCUGGGACUACCAGCAGAUGCUCGUAUCGCAGGUGGUCACCAUGCUGAGUCAGCAGGAACUUUCAUUCGCUGUGCGCACGGACGCAUACGGUCAGGAGCAGAUCGUCAUUAACGAAACGGCAGACGCGAUGCUGGCGCAGGUGCAACCGUAUCUGGCGGAGAUUGACAACGAGGUGCUGCUCUGCACCAAGCUGAACAAGUACAUGGAGCAGGCGAACGGGUACUUCUACGAACAGUUCUUCUGCAUCUUUGAGAUACUCUCGCAGUACGGUGAAGCGAAGGAUGACAUUCAGAAGUGGCAAAACAUACUUACCUUCAUGAAGAAUCAGCUGACCGGGCGACGCCGGCAACGUCCGGGACAAACCGAGCUGGAGGCUUGGAUGCGCUUGCAUUCGGAUGGCGAUAUGCUGCCGGAAAUUGCCAAAUAUCGAUACCCAUUCAUGCUAAUCCUGCGCCAACCGCUGAAGGUUCUGCUGAAGGAAGACAUUACGAUCGAAAACUACCACAAACUGUUGAUAUUGGUGUCGAUGAAAGCGUCAGCGGAGGGUUUAGACUGCCGAGAGAUGAACGACUACUUCUGCAGAUCAGCCGUCAUCAAUUCGAUCAACGAGUACAAGAUUCAGAACAGGGAAAAAUCCCAACAUUCCGAAUGGCACCGACAGUCGAAGAACAAAGCGUUCUUGCAGUCCACACUUCGCAUCGUGGACAGUGUGUGCGAUUUGUCCACCAAACUGUACAUCCUGUACUACAUCACCUGCAAUGCGCUCGAUGGUGACGAUCAGGUAAACGCGGCGUACGCUUGCUACCAGUUCGCACGCACGCACGAAUCUAGCCUGAUCGGCAUUCCCGAGGCAAAAGAUAAAAUCGAAAAGAUCUAUCGCAAGUAUCCGGUGCUGAAAACGCAACAGCUGCUCCAGCAGAACGGUGUCACCGACGAAAAGCAGUUCCAGCUGGUGAAGAACCCGCAGGAACUGAUACAGGCACUGUACACCGAAUCGUGCUUCCAGAAGGUGAAGGUGAACGAACUGGCAACCAUCAUCGGUCAACUGCAUGAUUUGGACGUGGAAGCAAUACAGAUGGGUCUGCUGCAGAAAUGGCUCACCGUGUUUGGUGGAUCGGGUAUGGUAGCUGUUGCAGACGCGUUCAGCAACGGUAGCGGAAUGCUCGAGGAAACGCUCUACGAUGAUCAUAACGUUUCGGACGCGAGCCAGGAAGAUGAAUCGAACGGGCAUGAGUGUAUGGCGCGUGCUUACUACAUCCUCAGCAGCUGGCAGCGUUCGAAGAGUGUUGAGUUUCUCGUAGCGGAACUAAACUCCAGCCUGGAUGCAUCGCACGGUGCUUCCGAUGUGAGCAAACAGUUGCAGAUUUACCAGUGCUUCAGCAAGCUCGCUGACGACAACUGUACGUCGUAUCAGGAAUUCUUCACCCAGAGGCGUUACGUUGCCCUGAAGUGUGUCCAUCUGUUGAAGGCGCUCGGUAUGCAUACGAUCUCUGUCGCUCGGUUUGAAGAGGCCGACAAGAUGGCCUUACUCAAAAUGCUCUGGCAAUCACACGCCUCCAACCCAAAGGGACUGGAGGUACUGGCACUGAUCUGCAUCGGAUACGACAUAUACGUACCGCAGAUCUGGAAUGGCAUUCUGAAGCAGAUGGCCCGAUUGGGGUUGGUGGGUAAUUUGCGUGCCCUGAUUGACACCGUCACUGCUCACCGGCAACUGUUUGGCCUCGAAGGCUACCGAAUGGCUUGGGAGCUAUUGAUCAAGGAACCGUUCCGCAGCGCUAACCGGGAACAGUCACUGACCGAGGAUGCGCUACUCGCACGCUCGCUAGUGUUGUUGCAAAAGUGUCCCAUUUCGUUCCGCUUGAAUCUGAUCGAGAUUGCAGACGUUUGUGUGAACGUGAAUCGAACCAACAUGGCUGCAGUUUUGCUUGGAUUCUCCGACGAAGAGCAAAGAGAAGCGCUCAAAAAGCUUGUUGCUACCUUAGCUGUGCCAAACUUGCACGAUCAAAUACGCGAACUGGAAGAAUUUGGUCUGGCAACGACGAUCACGAAAGCAGUUUGCCGGGAGCUAAUGAAUUCGCCCGAAUCGUCUCCUUCAGCUGAGAAAAAAUGGCGCACAAACUAAAAUAACACAACAUACUCAUUUGCCAUCGUUGGACAUAUAACAGACUUUUUUUUAAUAAAUUAACAUUAACAAU